UUCAGUGUGUGUUGCAGGAUGCUCUGGCUGCGUAAGAGAACUUCAGACUCUAGAGGUCUCCAUCCUUCAGCAUCCCCUCAGCAGCCACCUAUUCGCCCUCUCCUCCUCUUUGGGAGCUUUGUGUAGCGCAGGAGGAGAUGAGGAGAGGCUGCCCGAGGAAGAGACAGAGGGGAGCCCGAGACAAACACGUCCCACGCCAGAACCACGCAGCCGGUGGGCAACUUUGAUUUUUUUUUUUUUUUUUUUUUUGGACGCCGCGGAUAGCCUGCGAAUGCACAUGACAAUGAAGAGAAAGAGCCACGUUUCCUCUUCUUUCUCUACCCCUUCCUCUCCUUGGGAGGCUUAGGUGCGUCAGGCGUGUGCAACAUACUACUACGUCCUUGGACUGAGACGCUCAAUGAAGAUUUAUUUCUCUGAGAUUUCGCUGCUCAGCUCGCUGAUGGUGCCGCCUCGCCGUGCCUGCGCUUAGGUCAGCCGAAUGAAUCCGAAGGCGGUCUGAGCGCAUUGUUUCCUGCUCCGUUGCAUUUGGGAUUUCCAGCCGUGAUGUCUGCAAUCUUGCGCUCUUUGUUUCUCGUUCUGUUCGGUCUGCUGUCAGUGGGUGCCCAGACAGAGAUGAAGAAGGUUGUUGGGGACAAUGCCACUUUACCGUGCCACCACCAGUUUCCAGCUUCCAGCCCUCUUGACAUUGAGUGGUUGCUGCAGAAACCUAACUCAAAGCAGAAAGUGAUCAUUACUUUCUUCGGAGGACAGGUCUACACUAACGAGGCCGUUGGCAGUGACAACAGCCGCUUGUCCUUCGCCGGGGAGUACCUGGGCGGCGACGCCUCCCUGCUGAUCAGUGACCUGCUGCUGACCGACUCCGGGGAUUACUCCUGUAAAGUCAAGACUGGGGGAAAGUACCACUGGAGCCAGGUCAACCUCAUUGUUCUGGAAAAGCCCUCCAAGCCAAGGUGCCGGAUGGAUGGAACACUCUUGGAGGGCAAGGAUGUCAAGCUGAGCUGUAAAUCCAGCGAUGGUUCAGACCCCAUUAGCUACAAGUGGGAGCGAGUGCUUGACAAAGGGAAGAGUUUGGGCAAGCUUCCAAACUUGGCACUGAUAGAUCUGAAGAACCCAGAGAUUGUCACCUUGAGGAAUCUUACCAUGGACAGCACAGGUGUCUACAGGUGUACAGCGAGCAACGACGUGGGAGAGGAAAACUGCACCAUUGAGGUCACGAUGCAGCAUGUGAGGGAUGUUGGGACGGUAGCGGGAAUAGUGGCGGGAAUAUCCCUCGGCGUCCUCAUUGUCAUAAUAAUCAUCUGGCUCGUCUUCUGGAAGAAAGAAAAAAAGAAGUACGAAGAGGAGGAGACCCCAAAUGAGAUCAGGGAAGACGCUGAGGCUCCCAAGGCCAAAUUGGUGAAGCCAAACUCGCUAUCCUCGUCCCGCUCUGGCAGUUCACGCUCCGGCGCCUCCUCCACCCAAUCAAUGGUGCACAACAGCACCCAACGUGGCCACCGUCCACGUCCACCUGCAGUGGCAGCUCUCAAGGAAAAUGGACAGCCUCCAGGCUUCCCCCAGUCCCCUCCAGCUUACACCACAGUGGUGCCCCCCAAAACCCCUGAGCCCCCUGUCACUCCAAAAUUCAACUCCAGGAACAUGUCUGGACCCACACCCCCGACUCUCAUGGUCCCAGCCCAGACCAAGGCCUUUCAGACUGUGUAGGACUGAAAGCCACGCCCUUUCCUGCAGCCAUGUAAGACUCCGACCCCUCCCUGAGGCCCCAUAACCCUCUCCCAAAGACUGAGACUCUUCCAUAAACAAAGAAAUGCAACUAGUUUAAAGGAUGUAAUAAAAAAAAAUCAAUACUAUAAUUCCAAAAGUACUUUUAAUGAAUGCAUAACUUAAAGGGUAAAAUAUAAGACAUGCUUGCCCCUACUGAUUUAAAAAAAACAACAACAAAAAAAAAAAAACUGAAACCUGAGAUGCAAAACGAUCCCAUGGCUGAAGGUAGAACUUUUUUGCUGCAUUUCUUCUUUUUGCUUCAGAUGGCACAGAGAAGCACCAUGUGCAUUGAGGUGGAAGGCGCCCCCUUGAAGAGCUUUAUUUAUUUAUCAAAUCAAAGGCUUAGGCAUGCAGUCGGAGUGAGAAAAGGAAACUAAAAACAUACUUACAUUCACCAUCAGUUAAACAAGAUGAAUAUAAGUAGGGCGGAAAAGAGGGGAAAAGUGGGAGACUGUCUGGGAAGCUGGGUGUUUUUUGUUUUUGUAAAGUUGGAGACCAGGGAGGAGGGGGUGAUUCUCUGAUUCAUAUCACUCUUCACCUCUGUCUGGCUGCUUCCAACUACUUGCUCUAAAACCACAAACCGCUUUGCCUCCCCCCAUGGGCCUGGCCGAUUUUGCCCAUCCAUGUGGACAGACACGGUGCGCAGCGUGUGCAUCAUCCGCCUCGUUGCUUUCGGUCUUUUGUGCUCUCGCAGAGGAACCUGUGAGAAACCACAGACUGACUCAGCUGGCUCGUGAACGCCUCAUCUGCUUCACUGUUCGACUGGCAUACGGGGCAGGAGGGACUUCAGGAGCAAGGAUGUAGCAUUGACAGUCAAAUCAAUGGACUUAUCGUUCCUCCCACAUCUACAUUGUUAAACUCCUGUACUGCUACCAAAUAUUCUCCUAAGUACUUUAGUAGCAUUUAUUAGGCCUAUAGCGAUUCUUUAAACAUAGAGGUAAGCAUCUAUUAGAACAGCUAGGAUCUUUGUUUGGUUUCGUCUCUGUUUCCUUUUGUCUCGUUUUCCUGUGCGGGUUACAAAAUGUCAAAGGCAGCCAUGUGUCCAGUCCCUCAUUUUAAGAAGUGCCACCAAUGCCCCAGGAUGGGUUAUGAUUGGUAUUUUUUUUAUUAGUAUUAUUAUUAUUUUCUUUUUGUUUACCAGCUACAUUUCUGAACUGAAGCCAAAAUUCGUUGAGAUGAAUGUGUACAAAGAUGGUGGAGUCCAUUAUUUUCAGCCUCCUUCAGGGUACAAUAUCAAACUAAGGCACAUGACUUUCAAAUUUUACUUUAGCUUGUCUAAAGAUGGGGAACAAGGAGUGUGACUUCAGAUAAAUCCAACACUCUCCUUGGAUCCGUAACAGCAGUGUGGCACUUGAUUGUUGUUUCGCCCAAUCACUUGCUUGGUUAAUGCUUAUUGUCAGCAAGAAACCUAUUUGUUGUAUCCUCUGAGAGACAAAGUGCAGUUUGACUGAAAGUAGCUGAAAAAGGGGCAAGUAGCCUAUCUAGUGUGCCUUUGCAAUCCCUCUCCCUUUAGAUGUUUUCUUUUCUCUUUUCUAAGCCCCUCACCACCCCUCUCCCUUGGUCCUUAUCUUCAGUGUACCAGCGGUUAAGUCUCUGUUCACAUGAAACUUUGAGGGUCACCAGCGGGAAGCACUCGAUGUCACAAGAACUGCCCCAGAAACGGAUGCAGCCGAAGAAGCACCAAGCAGAGUGAGUGGUGAGAAAGCAAUCCCAUGCCACAAGACUAUUUACUGUACAUUCUGUAAUCAGUCUUGUUUUAUAUUGUACAUACAGAUAGCUUAUACACACAUGAUGUCAGUUCAACUUAAAAAUAAGGGUAUGUCAGGAAAAUGUUUCCUCACAAAAUAAUGCCAAGUGAGAAAUCCAAAGUGAAGUCAAACUGUCUGUUUUUUUCUUUUUUUCUGAAGUUACAAAUGACAAUGAUAUUGUCAGUGACCCUAAUGUGAAACAAACAUUUUAUAUGACAGUAUGUGUGGAUGUGUACAAGACAAGAUCCACUAUGACCACUUCCAACUUACUAUAUAUUUUCUGUUUCUGAAAAAACAAACUAUAUAUCUAUAGACACUUGGACAAGUUUUCAAGACCACCAGUGUGUUCAAACAUGACAUGAGUUAGUGACAGUUAAACUUUGCUUUGAAAGUACAAUUUAAUUAUUGAGAUAAAAUGUCAUCUUGUUAUAAAAAAGGAACAUUGACCUUAACAUAUCAAUAACGUGUUUUAUUAUGUAUAAAUAUAUAAUUAUUUUUUUUUACUAAUUUCUUGUGCAUUUAUUCUCAAUAACCUUGGCAAGUACAUGUAGAAGGUGUUCACAAAGGAGAUUAUUUUCAUUGCUGCACAAAUCCAAAUAUAAUUUUAACAUAAUUUAUUUUACUACAUUUGAAAAAUUAUUUCCAUCCAGACAUAAUCUUCCAGCCCUUUCAACAUACAAUUAAACUUUAAUUCUGAAAGGUGAACUUUCAGUAUACAAAGUGUGCAACCUUUUACUGAUUACACACCAAUACCAUUGUGGUUUCUCAACCUUUGGAAAAUGUCUAGUCUAGUCUUAUCUUGCUCACAUUUGUAGUCAGAGAAAUAAUUUAAACAUUUCAAAUGACCAGGAUUGUAAAAAAAAAAAAAAAAAAAAAAAAAACAAAGCUAAAGGAAGACCUACAUUUAUCUUUGUCCUAUUUUUCUACAUUUUUCUUUUUUUCUUUUUACCAGGGUAGCUAUUAGAGCCACUGUGUCCUAUUUUGCUAUUUGACAGUCUAGAACUCCCAUCAUCCGUGGCUCUGCAUCAUUAGAGCAAAUUUGGUUAUAUUUCAAGUCUAAAUCUGCAACAUCUGCCAGGAAAGGAUGUGUUGUUUGAUUUCACACAUUGGAUUUCACACAUGACUUGACCACAGAGGUAAUUGGGAUUUUUAUUAUUAUUUUUUUUUCUUGUAUUGUUUCACUAAAAGCAGCGUGUCGUGUUCGACCAAGGAGGCUAACUCUAUGUUUGUAAUAGAGCAGUUUUGAGCGUGCGUACUGGCAUGUCUGCGAAUACACUUGUAAUUGUGCGUGAACAUGUAUGCGUGGGUGUAUGCAUGUAAAUUCAGUAUUUGCCCUUGGGCCACACCCACACACUCUGAUGUUACCCAUUCAAUGAGGGCGAAGGAUGCAGUCAAGCAAGGAAACCUCUGUUUAAAUGUACAUGACUGAAGACCGGCAGUGUUGAUUUUAGCUUUUGCUUAGUUUCAUAUGCCUACUGAACUUUGCUUCACAGGCAGCAGUCAUGUUUUUGCUUGUGGGGGUGGCGUCUCGAGACAAAGAGCGUUCAUAAUUCAUAACUUUCCUCAGCUCUGGAGGGGACUGGUACGCUCCUGCUGUCUCUGUGCAGAAUGCACUUUGCCCAGGUUGUCGGGGUGGCAUCUCACCAAACAGACACACAUAGUUACAAGUUGUAUAUACGUACACAUCAACAGGUGCACAUAUCGUAUGCGAGAUGCAUAUGACAAUGCAGUUGUGUGCACACGCAAGCACACCUCACAGAAACUGACACCCUUUGCACAAACAAAAGCCCAAACAAGCAUUCCAUGUUAUUUCUGCUCCUUCAGAAUCAAUUUGACGGAUCGAAUGUCUGGAGGUAUUACGGCUGACUGAUGGAGCCCGGAUACUAAAUGCGGCACAGAAUGGGACGUGGCAUCACUCAGAGGACAUGUGCACACACUUACAUAAAAAAAAAAAAAGAUACAGUAAGAAAACACACACACACACACACACACACACACACGCACUUGGAAGCACUCGCUAAAACAGACACUGCUAUGCAUCUUAAAGAUCUCGAUGGCAUAUGCUGAAAGAUUUUUUCCCCCCAGCUUGGGAAUUUACAAGAGUGGUACCGGGAAACAAGAGAGUUAUAACAGGAUUGGUUCUGAGCCAGGGCUGUGGGCUCUUGUCAUUGAAAUUCCCUCCUCCACAGAUGAAAGUAGCAGCAGUGGUGGUGGAGGAUGGGAAUCAAGUCUUCCAGCUUUAAAUUCCUCCAAGCUUUUCUGAUUUGCUUUCCAGCGUCGGCAAGUCUCAGGUGGCAGAUUCCCCAGUUUAUGAGCCCUCGCGCUGCACACUUCUUUGUGACCCAACAAACUCGCUCUUUUUCCAACAAAUGAAUUUUAAGUCGCUUUUUGUCAGUUCAGUGUGCGCAGGAGGGAAAAAGUCUUAACACGCCCCACAGCUCAGCGCGUCGGCUCCACGUGCAAUAUUAUCAGUCAGCAGCACCGCACAUUGUCUUACCAACACUCAAAGGUGCAGUUUAAUGGUUAAUGGUUAUCCUGCGGUAUGUGAUGGGAGAAUGAAUCUCAUGUAGCUAGAGUGUUUUAUGUUCUAUUAGUCGCGUUUUAUUUCUGAUUAAAGCUAUUGAGCAGGGCAAUCUGUGGUUUGGCCUCGUCUGUCAGUAUAAGAGAAUGUGAUGUAUUAUUGCAUUUUAAGAGUGGAGAUGAACAACGCUCGGUUCAACCUCCAGGAAGUCAAAGAGAGAUUGUAAGAGGUACCUGCAUGUCAUAAGAUUGAGCAGAUGAACGGGAAUGCUUUGCUUUGAUGUAACAUAACUGUAAUCAACUAAAAGUAAUCAAAAAAAAAAAAUCAAAAAUUGUAAAUAUAUCAACACCAAUUGAUUUUUGAAGCUUUACUUUUGUCUUCUUUUGUUUGUUUGUUUUUUGGGGGGGUUUUCAAAUGUUCAUCCAUGUACUUUGCACUUUUCAGUGUGCUAUGCUCAUCACCGGUGUGUGUUGAUUCUGUGUGGUCGGCUGUUUCCUCUUGACUGCAUUGUUUCAGUGUCAGGGGCAGACAGGCUCAGCAUGGCUCGACUAAAGGGAAAUGUAAAACACUUUUGUUUACUCUCAUCUGUUUUCUGAUGUGCAUUUUCAUUUUAGUUUUCUAAAAUAAUAAGGGAUUUUUUUUUUUUUUGCUUUGUUCAUUUGAUGAAAACAAUCCUUGUAAAUAUCACGAGUAAAAAAAAUGUAUAUUUUUACGACUUCUGAGUUAUUACUCUUUCAUUUGCAAAUAAAAUAUUCAAUGACAACCUAA